AUGCUGUCGUGGUUGGUGUGGUUACAGAUCGUGCUCGGUUUGGCUUGGGGCAAUACGACGACGGACCUCUGCGAGAUGAUGUGCUCCUGCACCGAGGUGGAAGGCGUUCUGCACAUCGACUGCGAGAGGAGAGGCAUCUCCAACCUGCAGCAUUUCAGCGCGCCCACUUCCCGCUUUUACCAACUCUUCCUGCACAGCAAUUCCCUGUCCAAACUCUUCCCCAACGAGUUCGCCAACUUUUACAACGCGGUCACUCUGCACCUGGAGAACAACGGCCUGCACGACAUCAUCCCGGGGGCUUUCCUGGGGCUGCAGUUGGUCAAGCGGCUGCACAUCAACAACAACAAGAUUAAAGGCUUCAGGAGGCACACCUUCCUGGGGCUGGACGACAUGGAGUACCUGCAGGCGGAUUUCAACCUGCUCAGGGACAUCGACCCCGAGGCUUUUCGGGACCUCAACGAGCUGGAGGUGCUGAUCCUGAACGACAACCUCAUCACCUCCCUCCCGCCCGAUCUCUUCCAAAACGUGCCCAUCACCCAUCUGGAUCUGCGGGGGAACAGGCUCAAAACGCUGCCUUACGAAGGGAUUUUGGAACUGAUCCCCGGGGUCGCUGAGAUCCUGCUGGAGGACAAUCCUUGGGACUGCACUUGCGAUUUGCUGCCCCUUAAAGAAUGGCUAGAACACAUCUCUCAUUCAGCUUUGAUUGGAAGAGUAGUUUGUGAGGCACCCUUGCGAUUACAAGGAAACGACCUGAACGAAACAUCCGAAUACGAUUUAUGCCCUUGGAAGAUUGAUAAUGAUUUAAGCCUUGUUGCUCCACCUGCUCAAGGGGCUUCUGGGCUGCCCCCAACUCCCGCCUUUCAGCAUCCCAGGUCACCAACUUCAGCAUCAGUGCGCAAAGGACUAUCAAAGCCACGUGGCAACUGGCAGAGGACAAGACCUUCGGCCAAUGCUGUUGUACCGAACGGCAGUAGUAGUCCCCUUUUAUUAGCUGGAUGCCCAACAGCUUGUAGCUGUUCUAUCAAUAGCCCUGAAUCAGGCCUUGAGGUAAACUGCAGGGGCAGCAAGCUUGAGAGUAUAGCUGACCUUCAGCCCAAACCAGUAAAAGCACAGGAACUGUUCCUAAGACAGAACAAUAUAGAAAUCAUUAGGAAAACUCAUUUCCUCGACUACAGCAGGUUGACUUUGUUGGAUUUGGGAAAUAACGCCAUAAAGUUAAUAGAAAACAACACCUUUCUUAAUCUCACUGAUUUGCGUUGGCUGUAUCUGGAUAACAAUAACUUGGAAACACUCAUCCCUGAUAUGUUUGCAGGUCUGCAAAAUACAGAGUAUCUGAAUUUGGAGUUCAAUUUAAUUCAGUUAAUCCUACCAGGCACAUUUAAUGGGAUGCCAAAUCUGAGAGAAUUGUUUUUACAUAACAAUCUGUUGAAGUCUUUGCCUGUAGAUGUGUUUUCUUCUGUCUCACUCUCCAAGCUAAGUUUACACACCAAUUAUUUUAUGUAUCUCCCAGUCACUGGUGUUUUGGAUCAGCUAACUUCAGUUGUGCAAAUCGACCUUCAUGGAAAUCCAUGGGAUUGUUCAUGUAACAUCAUUGCUUUCAAGCAGUGGGUUGAGAGGAUGGGCACUGAUGUUGUAAUGAGUGAAUUAAAAUGUGCAUCUCCUGAACAAUUUUGGGACAGAGAUAUUAAGUCUAUAAGCAAUGAGCUGAUGUGCCCAGAGUUGUAUGCAAAAAUUCAUCUAACGUUUUCCUCAUCAAGUAACAUUACCAUAACAACAGAGACAGGGACUCAUGUGAAUCCCUACUUGGAGACCAGCAGAGUUUCAAUUUCGGUGCUGGUACCUGGCCUUUUACUUGUCUUUGUUACGUCUGCCUUUACGGUUGUUGGCAUGCUGGUGUUUAUCUUGAGAAAUCGUAAGAGAUCAAGAAAAAGGGAUAACAACUCUUCUGCUUCAGAAAUUAACUCCUUGCAAACAGUGUGUGAUUCUUACUGGCACAAUGGGCCUUACCAUGCAGAGGGACCUCACAGAGUAUACGAUUGUGUUACACACUCCCUUUCAGACUAGGCUUCCUGAAAUGAAAUGCUGAAAAUAUAGAGUGUGAUUUAAAACAGCACAUUAAGCGGAGAUGAGGACUUGACGUUUUGUGGUUAAGCCCCUGAUGUAAAUACUGAUACUAUAGGCUUCUGCUAAAAUUCUGCAACAGAAUGUUGAACUCAGCUUUCUAAUGAAAAUAGAAAGUGCACAUGCUAAGGAAGUGCGUAUAACUUUUAGAACUAACAACUUUUCUCCCGCUGUGAAACAUACAUGUAUUUCAGAAGAAAGCACGGACAGAAAUGCUGUGCUUUUUAGUGGUCUUUUCAUGUUGAUAUUCCAAAUGUAAAUGACAAUUAAUCAGUUGUAUAAAAAAAUAUAAAGAAGAUUUGUUGUCAUUUGGAAAUAUGGGAGAAUUGUAAAAAGAAUACACAAAAGGGGGAAAUAGAUACAGCAUUUAGGUUUUACGGUUGUAAAUUUGCACGAACGCAUGAAUGUAUUGUACAGAACUGUCUAAUUAGAAACAAGUGAUGCAUGUCAUGCAUGAACUCAACACCACAGGGAUACAUCACAUAGCUGGAGGAAAUAGCUAUUACUAUACUCCAUUCAUGAGUACUAAUUGUAUUCUAUGAAGUCAUGUACCCUGUAUUGAUCACAGUGACCUUCCCUGUUUAUUUUUCCUGUGAUUAUAAAUUGUGCAGUUUGUGCUAUUAUUGCUUAGAUAAGGUGUAAGCUGCAAGUUCAUCUUGUUUUAGACCAUAUUUGUUUGUGCAUGGUUAGUAACUAUUUAUUUUAUCUUAUGAAUUUUCCCAUGUUUUAGGUGUUAUUUUAUAUUUGCUAAUGCCGAUUUCCAUCUAAAUUUCAUAGUAGUUACUAUGUUUUGUACUGUGGUAUAGGAGUUAAAAUGGCCAAUGGAAUAUUCCUUUUUUUUAAUUUUGGGAAUAAAUAUAUAAAGUACACAUAAGCAUGACCAAUUAAUGUCAUUCAAUUGCUCAAGCUGCAUCAGUGAUAUGAUGUAAACUGUUCUGUUCAAGUCAUCGUUAUGUAACAUAAUAAAACAGAAAAUACUACGGAGGUCGCACUUAGAGGACAUUUAAUAGGAUUAUUUUAGAGUUUUAUAAUGGCAAAUUUUUCAACAUUAAAAUGACUGGUUUAAUCU